UCGCCGUCAGUCGCGAACAGGCCUCCAGCUCGCGGACGAUGGGGGUCGAGAAGUUGUGCGCGCUGGAACUAAGUGCUGAGACCGUGAUGGACGUGAUUCAGUAACCGCGCUUUUGCUAACCAAGCGUUAUCGCGAACGCCUUUUGUAUUCCCUCAGUGAGCACCCAUUCGCUUGCUGGCCGUUGCACGUUAUUGCACGAGUGUAUGGCGGCAAGUGAUCUUUGGAGUGACUUGUACUCUGUGAUGCGGCCUUCGUAUCGUGUUCAUUGUUGGAUUUCACGAUACCUUUCGCUGUAGUCAACAAGAGAGACUUGUACUUGUAAAUGAAGAAGCCUUUUGUUGCUACCUCUUUUGUACUGGUGCAAGGGAAAUAUGUCUGAUGAGAGGAUGCAAGAGUGGAUCAAGCUUAAUGUGGGUGGGACGAGGUUCAUGACCACUCGGACAACACUAUGUCAAGAUGAGAAGUCUUUUCUGUAUAGACUUUGUCAAAGUGACAUGGAUCUGAACUCAGCCAAGGACGAGAAGGGCGCCUACCUCAUCGACCGUGACCCCGGCUACUUUGGCCCGGUGCUCAACUACCUACGACACGGCAAGCUGGUCAUGGACAAGAACAUGGCCGAGGAGGGCGUGCUCGAGGAGGCCGAGUUCUACAACAUCACCGGACUCAUUCGACUGGUGAAGGAUCGCAUCGCCAAGAGGGAGGCGGGCGCCGUGGGCUCUGGCAAGCACGUGUACCGGGUGAUGCAGUUCCACGAGGACGAGCUGACGUCGCUCAUGUCCUCAAUGAGCGACGGCUGGAAGUUUGAGCAGUUGAUCAACGUGGGCAGCCAAUACAACUACGGCAACAACGACCAGGCCGAGUUCCUAUGCGUGGUGUCGCGCGAGUGCACCUCCUGUGACAACCACAGCAACCGGCGCGAGCCCUCCGACAAGGCCAAGAUGCUGCUGCAGAAAGCCAGCCGGAUGUGAUCCGGCCGGUGCCUUAGUGACGUCACACCGGCGUCACGACGUCACGACGCGCGUGCGCGGACCAAGCGGCUGCCGUGGCCGGAGGGGAGCAAGCGCCGGACGUGGGCGCGCCUCGCCCCGGGCGCCGCCGGAGCCGCCGCCGGUGCACCGACCGGUGUCUGUUCGGACGCAGGCCGUCUAGAGGCUUGGCCGCCGCCGCGGUCGGCCCUGGCGCUGAAGCGGACCGCCGGGCGGACGCGGCCGUGGCGGGGGCGCCAGAGGCGUGACGUCACGGCGGCGUUCAGAGGCUUUCAGACGUGUGUUUUGUAUCGAGCUUACCGCCGGCGGUCGGCGCGGCGCUUUGUACGUGAGUUUUGUAGGCGCGAGUUUUGCGCCGUGGUGAGCCGGCCCGGCCCGGCGGCUGCCCUGGGCCGAUGACGGCCGGCCAGGUGACUCCCGGGAAGAGGGAUGCGACGCCGGCCCGAGGCGGGACGGUCAGCUGAGCUGGCCUCGCCCGCUCCGGCCGGCCGCGCAGCAGCAGCCGUCGGAGG